AAAGCGCAGCACUAGCCUCUAAUCCUCAACAGGUGGCUGAAUACACCUAGCAGCAGAGAGAGGAUAGACUUAAUGCUAAAUCCUUUUCAGAUUUUUUAUUUAAUAACGUAUGUAAGGUUAUAAUAAGUGCCCAUGCGUAACUGUUGAAUAUUUUAAAUUCAGAAAGGAGCAACGGGAUGCCGAGCAGGUGCGGAUGCAGGGUUUCCCUGAAAAACGUAACCUUGUAAGGUGCUGGGUUCCCAGCGUCACUUCUUUGUAAUAUGUCAGAACAAUCUACGCUGAGACUGAAGUUCUGCGAUAAAGUGGAAAUCUAGUUUUUCUUGGAAAGGUAAAACCAGCACCCUCGUGCUGAAUUUCAACAUGUAUGAACAGAACAACAGAGCUGGCCAGGACUGGUUCGCCGGUGGUGGAGAGGGAGGGGGAGGGGGAGGGGGAGGGGCGGAGUUCGCCAAAAAGAACCCGUGGCAGGAGAUGGAUGAAAAUGGCGGUUCGACGCUGACGCGCUCGGAGACCAUGAACUCGGCCGCCAGCUCUGCCGCCACGCAGCGGCGCCGGACGCAGUACGGGAAGAAGCAGGUGCAGGUCGCGGGGGCGGGGCUACGGGCCCCCCGCGCCCUCUUCUGCCUCACGCUCACCAACCCCAUCCGCAUGGCCGCCCUCGCCAUCGUGGAGUGGAAGCCAUUUGAUAUCUUCAUUUUGCUCGCCAUCUUUGCCAACUGUGUGGCCUUGGGUGUGGCCAUUCCUUUUCCUGAAGAGGAUUCUAACGCAACCAACCAUAAUUUGGAGCAAGUGGAGUAUGUGUUUAUGAUCAUCUUCACCAUUGAGACCUUCAUGAAGAUCCUGGCCUAUGGGCUGGUGAUGCACCCCAGUGCUUACACACGAAAUGGCUGGAAUUUGCUGGAUUUUGUCAUCGUCAUCGUUGGGCUGUUCAGUGUGGUCCUGGAGCAGAUGACUCACAAGCCGGGGGAGGCCCACCACGCUGCCGGGAAGCCGGGGGGGCUGGACGUCAAAGCCCUGAGAGCUUUCAGAGUCCUCCGGCCCCUCAGACUGGUGUCUGGAGUACCCAGUCUCCAGAUUGUGCUGAACUCCAUCAUGAAGGCCAUGGUGCCCCUCCUGCACAUUUCUCUGCUGGUCCUCUUCGUCAUCAUCAUCUACGCCAUCAUCGGCCUGGAGCUCUUCAUUGGCAGGAUGCACAAGACCUGCUUCUUCAUCGGCACAGAAAACAUGGUGGACGAGGACCCUGUUCCGUGCGCCUUUGCGGGAAAUGGGAGGCAGUGCCUCCAGAAUGGGACUGAGUGCAGGGGAAAGUGGAUUGGGCCGAACGGGGGCAUCACAAACUUUGACAACUUCUUCUUUGCCAUGUUGACCGUCUUCCAGUGCAUCACCAUGGAGGGCUGGACUGAUGUGCUGUACUGGAUGAAUGAUGCGAUAGGGUUCGAGCUGCCCUGGAUUUAUUUUGUUACUCUGGUCAUUUUUGGCUCUUUCUUCGUUCUCAACCUUGUUCUGGGAGUGUUGAGUGGAGAGUUCUCUAAGGAGAGGGAGAAGGCUAAGAAGCGGGGAGACUUCCAGAAGAUGAAACAGAAACAGCAGAUGGAGGAGGACAUGGUGGGGUACAUGGACUGGCUCAUGCAGGCCGAGGAGAUCAUCGCAGAGGAGCAGGGCAAUACGGACAGCACAUCUGAAAAGAAGAGGCAUAAAUUUGGCUGGUUCGGCCACUCCGAUGAUGGUAGUGACGAGGAUGAGGAUGAGGAGAACAAAAUAUACAUUGAUGAUGACGAAGGCUGCUGCGCCUCCUGCUGUGCUCGGAUAAUGGCCAACAGCAUUUGCGAGCAGCUGUGCCGCAUCAACUUCGCCAUCCGCAAGACCUGCCGAGCCGCCGUCAAGUCCGCGCUCUUCUAUUGGCUGGUGCUGCUGCUGGUGUUCCUGAACACGGCCGCCAGCGCCUCCGAACACUACAACCAGCCCGAGUGGCUGACGCGCCUGCAGGAAACAGCCAAUCGGAUCCUGCUGUCUCUCUUCACCCUGGAGAUGCUCAUGAAGAUGUACAGCCUGGGUUUCAGAGUGUACUUCAAGGCCUUCUUCAACCGCUUUGACUGCUUCGUGGUGUGCGGCGGAAUCCUGGAGACCAUCCUGGUGGAGCUGGAGGUCAUGCCGCCGAUCGGCAUCGCCGUGCUCCGCUGCGUUCGGCUGCUCCGCAUAUUCAGGGUUACGCGGCACUGGUCGUCUCUGUCCAACCUGUGACCCUCGUUACUGCGUGUGUGGCAGACACAGGCAUGCGUGCGCAAAAUGCUCCAUUUGCCACUUCAGUACUGCCGACACCUCAUCUUUAAGGCAGCAGGCCUAACUCUCUGUCCCUGUCCCCUGUGUGUCGAUCAGUUUAGAAUUGAUCCUGUAUCCCUCUCUGUCUGUUUCCCUGUGUAGAUCUUGACCGGUGAGGACUGGAACUCUGUAAUGUAUGAUGGUAUCAUGGCAUACGGAGGCCCCAGCAUUCUGGGAAUGAUCGUCAGCAUAUACUUUGUUAUUCUGUUCAUCUGCGGAAACUAUAUCCUGCUGAACGUCUUCUUGGCUAUUGCUGUGGACAAUUUGGCUACUGUUGGCAAAAACGUAGACGAGAAGUCUGAUGAUGAUGAGGAGGAAGAAGACGAGGAUGACGAAGAGGAUGAGGAUGAUGAGGACGGGGAAAAGAGAAAGGAAGAGGAGGACGACCUGGACGACGGCGAAGGUGGUUCAGCGUUAAAGGUGACUGACUUUGCACCUCCGAAAGAGAAGAUCGUCCCCAUACCUGAUGGCAGUGCCUUCUAUUGUCUCGGCAAGACCAAUCCGAUUCGGACAGGCUGCCACGCCUUGAUUCAUCACCACAUCUUCACCAACCUCAUCCUGGUCUUCAUCAUCCUCAGUAGCAUCUCCCUGGCUGCAGAAGACCCAAUCAGGGCGCACUCAUUCAGGAAUAAUGUCCUGGGUUAUGCCGACUACGCCUUCACCUCCAUAUUCACAGUGGAAAUCUUGCUGAAGAUGACCGUGUACGGGGGAUUUUUGCACAAAGGGUCUUUCUGCAGGAACUGGUUCAACCUGCUGGAUCUGCUGGUCGUCAGUGUGUCCCUGGUCUCCUUCUUCCUGCAUUCAAGCGCAAUCUCCGUGGUGAAGAUUUUUAGGGUGUUAAGAGUUCUCAGGCCCCUUCGAGCUAUUAACAGAGCCAAGGGACUGAAGAACGUGGUGCAGUGCGUCUUCGUGGCCAUCAGGACCAUUGGGAACAUCAUGAUUGUCGCCACGCUGCUGCAGUUCAUGUUCGCCUGCAUCGGAGUGCAGCUCUUCAAGGGUAAAUUUUUCAGCUGCACUGAUGAAGCUAAGCACACUCCAGAGGAAUGCAAGGGGACCUUCGUCGUUUACAAGGACGGGGACGUGGCACACCCCACCAUGAAAGAGAGAGUGUGGUACAACAGCGACUUCAACUUCGACAACGUGCUGAUGGGCAUGAUGGCUCUCUACACCGUGUCCACCUUCGAAGGCUGGCCCGUUAUUCUGUACCAAGCUAUUGAUGCCAAUGCUGAGAACAAAGGCCCCAUCUAUAACUACCGUGUAGACAUUUCCAUCUUCUUCAUCGUCUACAUAAUUGUCAUCGCCUUCUUCAUGAUGAACAUCUUUGUGGGCUUUGUCAUCAUCACCUUCAGGGAGCAGGGAGAACAGGAGUACAAGAACUGCGAGCUGGACAAGAACCAGAGGCAGUGUAUAUAUUAUGCACUGAAGUCUCAGCCGAUAAAGGUCUACAUUCCAAAGAACCCGACCCAGUUUAAGUUCUGGUCCAUCGUGAACUCAUCCGGGUUUGAGUACAUCAUGUUUGUCCUGAUCCUUCUCAACACCGUCACGCUGGCAGUGCAGCAUUAUGAGCAGUCCAAACUCUUCAACUUUGUGAUGGAUAUUCUCAACAUGGCCUUCACUGGACUUUUCACUGUGGAGAUGGUGCUCAAGCUCCUGGCCCUCAGAUUCAGGCACUACUUCAUGGACGCCUGGAACUCGUUCGAUGCCCUGAUCGUGGUGGGCAGCGUGGUGGACAUCGUGGUAUCAGAGUUCAGCGGUGGAGGGCAUGAGGGAGAGGGGGAGGAAAGCUCUCGAGUGUCCAUCACUUUUUUCCGCUUGUUCCGAGUGAUGCGAUUGGUCAAGCUGCUCAAUAAGGGGGAGGGCAUUCGCACCCUCCUCUGGUCCUUUGUAAAAUCCCUCCAGGCUCUGCCUUAUGUCGCUCUCCUCAUUGCCAUGAUCUUCUUCAUUUAUGCUGUCAUUGGCAUGCAGACCUUUGGGAAGGUUGCCUUGCUGGACAACACAGACAUCAACAGGAACACCAACUUCCAGACCUUUCCGCAGGCUGUUCUGGUGCUGUUCAGGUGUGCCACUGGAGAGGCGUGGCAGGAGAUCAUGCUGGGCUGCCUGCCAGGGAAACGCUGUGACCCAGAGUCGGACUACGAGCCCGGAGAGGAGUUCACCUGCGGGAGCAACUUCGCCUACCUCUACUUCAUCAGCUUCUUCAUGCUCUGCGCUUUCCUGAUUAUAAACUUGUUUGUCGCUGUCAUCAUGGACAACUUUGACUAUUUGACACGUGAUUGGUCCAUCCUGGGCCCCCAUCACUUGGAUGAGUUCAAAAGAAUCUGGUCAGAAUAUGACCCUGAGGCCAGUGGGCGUAUAAAGCACCUGGACGUUGUGGCUCUGCUGCGCAGGAUCCAGCCUCCUCUGGGGUUCGGCAAGCUCUGCCCUCACCGCGUGGCCUGCAGGAGGCUGGUCGCCAUGAACAUGCCCCUGAAUACUGACGGGACAGUGAAGUUCAACGCCACGCUCUUCGCCUUGGUUAGGACCGCCCUGAAGAUUAAGACAGAAGGGCCGGUGGUUCAGGAGAACGAGGAGCUGAGGAUCAUCAUCAAAAAGAUCUGGAAGCGAACCAAGGCCAAAACUCUGGACGAAGUGAUCCCUCCUCCGGAGGAGGAGGAAGUGACCGUGGGUAGAUUCUACGCCAGCUUCCUGAUCCAGGACUACUUCCGGAAGUUCCGCAAGAGGAAGCUGGCCCUGAAGAAAAAGAACAAGUCCUCGGCCCUGCAGGCCGGGCUGAGAACUCUGCAGGACUUAGCGCCGGAGAUGAGACUGGCCCUGACCUGUGACCUGGAAGAGGAAGAGGAGGAGGAUGUGGUGCUGGACAUGGAGGAUGAAGAUGACGAGACUUUCUACAAGAAUGAAAGUGAUUUUGUGGGUCACUCAGAGUACCCCAGUCCUGAUAAGAUGGAUCCUGGCAGUCCUGGGCUCCCCUUCACCCCCAUCCCACCCAGCACUCCUCCGCCCCCCUCCCCAAUCCCACCCCCAGAAACUCCCCCUGCAGAGAACCUGUCCAAUGGGGCAGUGACUAACCCGUCCGUCACCACUGCCACUCUGUCGAAAACUGCAAACGGGGGUGGCAUAAUGCAGUGGGAGGAGCCAGUGGUGGAAGAGGAGGAGCUGUGUGAAAAUAUUCCUCCCCCAGUGGAGAGUGAUGUCAUCACGCAUCAACCCAAACCUGCCUCUAACAGCAUCCCCAGGGGGGUUGUAGGUGACGGAUAUUCCUCCCUCCCUCGUGAGGAGGAAGGGAUGGAGAUGAUGGAGGAGAACUACUCUGGAGAGCAGGGUUACAACAGCAGGGAAGAGGACACUGAGAGCACAGCAUCACAAGACAGGCAUUGGUUCCCGGAUCCUCCAGCCCCGUACCUUGGACAUCGCGAACACGCCUACAACGCCGCGCCCGCCGGCCACGUGCCGCACGCCAACAACUACGGCAACGGCUACACCCAGCCUCGACAGCCGCCUCGCCGACGUCUGCUUCCUGCGACUCCCACCGGCCAAAAGCCUGUUUUUAAUGUCCAGAAUCUGAGGCGACAGGGCAGUAAUGAGGACAUCCCAAAUAACUUCCAUCAGAACGCCCCACUCAGCAGAGUACACACACAGACCUACGUCAGCGGCGGCGGCUCCCGCCGCGGCAGCGCGGCGUCCAUGGCGUCCCUGGCGUCCUCCUCCGCCUCCUGGGCCGUGGGCGGCGGCACCAACCCCCGUCGCGGGCGCCUCCUGUACGCCCCUCUCAUCCUGGUGGAGGAGGAGGGCCAGGGGGCGGGGCCGGACGCGGACUGGGCGGGCGGGAACGCGGACGGGAACGCAGGCUCCGCCCGCCAGGACUGGUACACGGGGCCCCGGGGGGGCGUGGCCACGGGCGGGGCCUACACCAGCCUGAGAGGCCCGCCCCAGCUCACCUACCAGUAUGCUGACAAAGGCAGCGCGGACAGCCUGGUGGAGUCGGUCCUGAUCUCAGAGGGGCUGGGUCUCUACGCCAAGGACCCGAAAUUCGUGGCCUUUGCCAAACGGGAGAUCGCUGACGCCUGCGACAUGACCCUGGACGAGAUGGAGAACGUGGCCAGCGACAUGCUGAGGAAAGGGGCGGGGGGGCGCGGCCGCCUCGGGGGCCACCCGGACGGGGGGGCCCUGUACAGCGACGAGGAGUCCGUCAGGAGCCACGGGGAAGAGGAGCUGGCCGACGAGAUGACCUGCGUCAGCACCUUCUGAACAGCAUACACAGGGCCUGUACCAUUCCACACAGUGGGGGGACUACACGGGCUGUACCAUUCCACACAGUGGGGAGACCACACGGGCUGUACCAUUCUACCUUGGAGAGGGGGCACUACGGGGCCUGUACCAUUCCACACAGUGGGGGGGACUACACGGGCUGUACCAUUCCACACAGCGGGGGGACCACACGGGCUGUACCAUUCUACCUUGGAGAGGGGGCACUACGGGGCCUGUACCAUUCCACACAGUGGGGGGGACUACACGGACUGUACCAUUCCACACAACGGGGGGACUACAUGGGCUGUACCAUUCCACACAGCGGGGGGACUACACGGGGUGUACUAUUCCACACAGCGUGGCGACUACACGGACUGUACCAUUCUCCUUGGGGAGGGGGCACUAUGGGGCCUGUACCAUUCCACACAGUGGGGGAGACGACACGGGCUGUACCGUUCUCCUUGGGGAGGGGGCACUACGGGGCCUGUACCAUUCCACACAGUGGGGGGACUACACGUGCAGUACCAAUCCACACAGUGGGGGGACUACACGGGCUGUACCAUUCCACACAGUGGGGGAGACUACACGGGCUGUACCAUUCCACACAGUGGGGGAGACUACACGGGCUGUACUGUUCUCCUUGGGGAGGGGGCACUACGGGGCCUCUGCAGUUCUACACAGUGGGGGGGACUACACGGGCUGUACCAUUCCACACAGCGGGGGGACCACACAGGCUGUACCAUUUUCCUUGGGGAGGGGGCACUACGGGACCUGUACCAUUCCACACAGUGGGGAGACCCCACGGGCUGUACCAUUCCACACAGUGGGGAGACCACACGGGCUGUACCAUUCCACACAGUGGGGGGACUACACGGGCUGUACCAUUCCACACUAAUCAUGGUUCCCCAACCAUUACAGAAAGUCCGGAGAAUUGAUAUACACCAUGGAAAUGUUAUGAAAUAUCCCACAGUCCUUUUCCCCGGAAAACUCUGAAGUUAUUUGUUGUGUGUUAAAUGAUGUGUGUGUGUUUCUUUGGCUAACCCAUUAGCUUGAUGUUAUUUACUGUCAUAUCCAGCAUCUUGGAGAACUGUCCGCUGGUUUUGAAGAAAUUAGCUUUGUUUCUGUUACCAAAUGCCAUUGCUGACUACUCUUACCUGCCAAGAAAAUCCUCAGAUGUAGGUACUUGCAUACAGACAUUUGUUAUGCAUCCUGUCUUGUUCUCUCCUGCUCUUCGCUGCCACUUCUCUGAUAUGUUCCAUUCUCACGCUGUCAAACACCCCUGGAGAAUGAGAUACGGGGUCAUAUACUGCACCUUUAAACAUUAAAUCAAAUCGAACCAGGCAAGCCUUGUGGGCUAGGGCACUGAGAUUGGAGCUUAAAUCUGCACUGGAAAUUAUUUUAUAUUUAAUGUGCAAUCAGAUGCCGUUCUGGUGUGUAGCAAUUAAUGGAUGUAUAUCUCUAAAUUUCGAAUGUCAACUUUUUGAAUAUUGGUUGUAUCCCCAUAGGAACCACUGUAAAAUUAGUCUGCAAAGAUGAAGAUUUCAUAGACCAUUGCACCAUUGUUUUAAAUAGUUUUUUUACUGUGACUACUAAUAUUCCAUUAAUAAUAUGUUGAGGUAUAUAAUAAUUACAAUAAUUUGUUUGGAUAUGUAAUUAGUUAUUUGCUGGCUUAUUUGUAUUGAAGUAUCUUCAGUGUAUGCCAGUGGAUAUUUUGAGCUGAGUCACUGCUGUGUGAAAUAAACUUUGAGGACCGUU